AUGUCGUCGUCCCCCAACAAGGUCCUCAGCGACAAGGACGUCAACGCCCCCAUGGCCGACCACUCCAACAACCAGCAGGAGACGUACGCUCAGCAACAGCAGCUGAGCGGCGGCGGUGACGCAAAGGACGUUAAGAGCAUGGAGUAUCACCGCCAGGUCUUCCAGAACAAGAUGACAGAGGACAAGUCUGAUAAAUACGUGUCUCCCUCGGACAACAUCAUGAGCCCCUGCACGGCCAAGAUCAACGCCCUGCGCAACAAGCACGCCGCAAAGGUCAAGCCCAAGUCGCUCUUCGCCCAGGCGAGCGCUAAGAAGCUCGCCGGCGAUAACCCCUUUGGCGCUCGGCCAGUCAAGCCCGAGUAA